GUGUCCUUCUGAGAAACACCACAGUUCUUCUUCUCCUUCUUCUUCUUCUUCUUCUUCUUCUUCAUCUUCUUCUUCUUCUUCUUCUUCUUCUUCCAAUCCCAUCUCCAUUCCAUUCCCCUUGCUUCUUCUGCACCAUGCCUCUUCUCACCUUUCUCCUUGCGCUCCUACUCCCACUUCAUCUUCAUCUCCAUGUCCACGCCCGUUUCGUCGUCGAGAAGAGCAGCGUCUCCGUUCUCUCUCCCACCUCUCUCAAGUCCAAGCAUGACGCUGCCAUAGCCAACUUUGGGAUUCCCGACUACGGCGGAUUCAUAGUCGGCUCUGUUUUCUAUCCUCAGAAAGGCACUUUCGGCUGUCUUCCCUUCGACGGCGAUAAGCCUUUUAAAUCCAAGACCUCUCGCCCUACCAUCCUUCUCCUCGAUCGUGGAGAUUGCUACUUUGCCUUGAAAGUAUGGAAUGCUCAACAGGCUGGAGCAGCUGUAGUUUUAGUAAUGGAUAGUAUUGAGGAGUCUCUAAUAACGAUGGAUUCACCUGAAGACAGCACCGAAGCAGAUAGUUAUAUUGAAAAAAUCCAAAUUCCGUCUGCUUUCAUAGAGAAAUCCCUCGGCACAAGCCUAAAAGAAGCAGUGAGGAAUGGCGAAGAUGUUGUCAUCAGAUUAGACUGGAGAGAGUCGGUUCCCCAUCCCGAUAACCGAGUGGAGUACGAAUUUUGGACCAACAGCAAUGACGAAUGUGGUAGUCGAUGUAAUGAGCAAAUGAAUUUUGUCAAAAGUUUUAAGGGACAUGCUCAGAUUCUGGAGAAGGGAGGUUACACUCAGUUCACACCACACUACAUCACUUGGUAUUGCCCUGAGGCCUUCAGAUUUAGCAGCCAAUGCAAGUCCCAGUGCAUUAACCGUGGCAGGUAUUGUGCGCCAGACCCAGAGCAAGAUUUUGGAGUUGGGUAUGAAGGCAAAGACAUUGUCUAUGAAAAUCUCAGACAACUUUGUGUGCAUCGAGUUUCCAAUGAGACCAAUCGCUCCUGGGUUUGGUGGGAUUUCGUUACAGAUUUUCAUGUUAGAUGCUCCAUGAAGGACAAGAGAUACAGCAAGCAAUGUGCUGAGGAUGUCAUGAAGUCUCUCAAUCUUCCAGUUGACAAGAUUAAUGAAUGCAUGGGCGAUCCUGAAGCUGAUGUGGAGAAUAAAGUGCUAAAAGUUGAGCAAGAAAUGCAGAUUGGCAAUGGGGCUCGUGGUGAUGUUACAAUCUUACCCACAUUAGUGAUUAAUGAGGUUCAGUAUCGAGGGAAACUGGACAGAACUGCUGUGCUGAAGGCUAUCUGUUCAGGAUUUAAGGAAACUGAGGAGCCUCCUAUUUGCUUGACUUCAGAUAUUCAAACCGAUGAAUGCCUCGAAAGGAAUGGUGGCUGUUGGCAGCUCACACAACAGAACAUAACUGCAUGCAAGGACACAUUUAGGGGACGAGUUUGUGAGUGCCCUGUCGUUAAUGGUGUUCAGUAUAAAGGAGAUGGUUAUACUUCUUGUGAAGCCUAUGGACCUGCAAGGUGCACGAUUAACAAUGGUGGUUGCUGGUCAGAAACUAAAAAUGGGUUAACUGCCACAGCUUGCUCAAAUUCAGAUAUAAGCGGUUGCAAGUGUCCAUCUGGGUUCAGAGGGGAUGGCCAAAAUUGCGAAGAUGUUGAUGAAUGUAAGGAGCGUCUUGCUUGUCAGUGUGAUGGUUGUAGCUGCAAGAACAAUUGGGGUGGAUACGACUGCAAGUGUAGCGGUAACCAAGUAUACAUGAAGGACCAAGAUAUUUGUAUCGAAAAAAGUGGUUCGAAAGUUGGAUUGUUCCUCGUAUUUCUGGUUCUGGCAGUUGUCGUUGGAGGGGGAUUAGCCGGUUACAUGUUCUACAAAUAUAGGCUGCGGUCUUACAUGGAUUCGGAGAUCAUGUCUAUCAUGUCGCAAUACAUGCCGCUAGACAGCCAGAACAAGGUUGAAGCCCACAUUGAAUCUGAACCGCUGAGACAAGGCACAGUGUAAGGAGAACUGAGAAAAAGGAGUGGAGUAAAUCUAUCCAACAAGAACAAAGCAAGUGCAGAGAGGGAGGGCAGGAUGAAGCAUAAGCGACACAAAGUUAGAUUGUGAAUUCGGCUCUUUCUAAUCAUAAUGAUGGUACUGGUAGCUUGGCUUGUCCACUUAAUUUACAGUUGGAAAAAUUUUCUUCAGAUCGUGUCUAUCUUUCUUGUACAAAUACAGUUGCCGAGGAUGUGAAUGGUAGAUUAAUAAAACUCGAAACUGAAUGCGUUUAUGAAGUCCAGAAGCUAGGAGUAAGCAGAGGGUUUAUAAUCGUAGAUUUGUACGAAACAUGAUGAAUAAUGCAUAAUUUGGGUUUCACUUCA